GUCUUUGUCUUUAUAGAUGGAAAACGACCGAAGUGUCACGAAUGAUUUGCAAUUUUGAUGAUAAAUAUUUUCUCAAUUUUGACAGAUGAGUGUUGGCCAUGACGAAGAUGGGCCUACAGAGAUGUGCACCACCAACCCCAGUGUAUUGCUGUUCAGAGCCCCUAAAGAUGGAGAUGAAGACCCGUUUGAAAAGGCAUUAAAGGAAGCAAGCUACAGUCCUUUUAGUAUUUCUGUGUUGGAAUUUCAUUUCCAAAACAUUGACAAACUGGUAACCAGUCUCCUAGACGGGCAGAAGUUUCUGGCAAUUGUUUUAACCAGUCAGCGCUCUGUAGAAGCUGUGAGUCUGGCCUUGCAAUCGAUGGAAGACGAGGAAUGUCCCAAAGAGAAGAAAAGAAAACUGUGUCUGGACCUACCUUGCUUUGUGGUCGGAGAGAGCACUGCAAAAGAAGCCAGAAAACUGGGGUUUGAACCAGAUGGAGAUAAAAGUGGAAAUGCUGAGAAGCUCUCUGAUCUCAUCAUAAAUAAGAUACAGGAGAGGGACAAACCAUUUCUGUACCCAUGUGGCAGUUUAAAACGAGACACUCUGCCCACCAAGCUUAGGAAUGCUGGUUUCACGCUGUCAGAGGUUACGGUGUAUGAGACUGUGAAGAGCCGCUGUAUUCGGGAGUCUGUGGAACAGCUUGUACACACACAGAAAGUGGCACUCGACUACAUUGUGUACUUCAGUCCAUCAGGGGUCCAGUACACCUUAGAUCUCCUCCAAGAUGACACACUUCCAUUGAAACAUUCAAAGAUUAUAGCCAUAGGGCCGAGCACACAGAGUGAACUUACCAAGCUCGAGAUUCAAGUACAUGGAACGGCCUUGAACCCAAACCCAGCAGGUGUCCUGGCUGCCAUGUCAACCAGAUGAUGACACUAUCCAUAGGCUGUAUAUGUGCUUUUAUGAUUUUAUGACUUUGGGUUAAUUGCAAUUUUAAUCAGAAAUAAGUGUACUAAACUUGUGUAGUAUAAAUUUCUUAAAUUUGAUAUUUACUGUUUUGGUGUUUCCUUUUAUUGUUUACUGCUUACUGGUUCUGAGAGGUUUUAUUAAGUUUUAUGUAUAUUAGUCAUACAUGUACUUUUAGAAGUUAAUGAGUAUUGUUUGUUACAAAGACAUCUAAAUUAUUCAUUUUAGAGUCAGUAUGAUUGUCCAUAAACUUUAAUUGGAACCUAAAUGAAGUAAAGCCUUCAGUAAGUGAGGUUUCCCAUUAACCACUCAAUUGGAGAAAUAAUUAUUUACAUGUAAUUUCAUUCAAACUUUAAUUACAAAAGAAAUAUGAAUGUGAAAGGAUUAUUUUUUGUAUCUUAUUUUUACACUCAGGCACAAACCUUUCACUUUAACACAUGAACGUGUGUGCUUUAUCUACAGAUCUGGACUUGCAAGAUUAAUGCCAGAAAACAAGUUAACCCUAUAAAUCAUUACUUCUGCCUUAAAAGACAAUAUUCAAUGAGAAUGGGUUUCUGCCUAUAGGGUAUGAAAAAUUUAUGCAUAGUUCUCAUUGUUAGAUGCCUUCGUUCCAUAAUCAUAUUUGCAGCUCACUUGAGGCCCUGAACAAUUCUGGUUGUAGAUUAAUUUGUUUACAAGCAUAUUCAGUGUUGUGGUAAUAAGCUUUGUCCAUUGAUUAGAACAAAAAUAUCGGGAUAAAUCAACUAUGAGAGGCUCAAAUGUUUGUAUAAGUGAUGAGUGAAAUACAAAAAAUCCAUAAAACUGUGAGCACAGUGAAAACUAUCUCUUACUUUUGUUAAAUAAUAUUCUAUGAUGAGAUGUUAAUGUUUUGUGAUCAUAUUUCCUAUAACAAUAUAGAGCUGCAUCGCAUGUUUUGGGGCCUUCAGACAUAUCCUCAUUCCCAAAAAACACAAAAAUGGUUUUUAUGUAAUAUUCUGUCAUGAAAUGUUAAUAUUUUGGGAUAAUAUUUCAUAUAACAAUAAUUGUUAUUAUAGCUAUUAUUAUUAUUAUUAUUAUUAUUAUUGCAUACAUGCCAUAUCCCCCGGUGGGGGGAAAAAUCCCCCGGAAUUUCGACCCAUCCCCUGGUCCCCCGCCGGGGGAUUCAUAUCCCCUGGAAUUAAUAAAAAAUCAAAAAAAUUCAAUAAGCAUAAACAAAAUGUAAAACGAGGGAUAAACAAUAAUAUUGUUUAUCCCUCGUUUUACAUUUUGUUCAUGAUUAUUGGAUUUGUACAGUUAUAUUCCCUAAUGGGUAAUUAGUGAUAUAGAAGCAUUAUUUAUUAUAUUUUAACAUUAUCCACAUUGCUGUAUUGUUAUUGUUAUAAGAUUAUGUGUAACUGAUUGGCAGAGGCAUCCAUUCCCUCACAUCUGAAAUCUAGAAUACUGCUAAAUUUUGGACCAGAAUUUAUAUAUUAUUAUUAUACCUCACCUCUAUAGAACAUAUAGUUCAAACGCCAGGGCAAUAUUUUUUACUAUGGCCGCACACUAUAGCCCUCUGCCACACUGUUACCCUUUCAUGUCAUGAAAUUGACAAUACACCAGAAAAAUUCUGCCAUAUUGGUUUUUUAUGUGAAGUUAUGAAUAAUAAAACUGGCAUUGCCACCUAAACAGACACUUAUUAUAAUACACUUCUAUAGAACAUAAUUAUGAAAGUCGAAUUACGCUAGGAUUACUGGAUUUACUGAUAGUAUUUUACCUAAUACUGGUAGUCUGUAACACCUGAGCACUUUGUUUACCAGCCAAUAAAUAUUGCAAUUUCAAAAAAAAAUCUCAUGAUUUACAUGUGAAUUUUAAUCAAAUACUUUAUAUUCUACAGUUUUUGUUCGGUAUAAUAAAAUAGAUAUUUCGCCUAGGUUGACGGCAUUUACCUCGGACAGGUUGACACUUAGCACCGUGACCUUCAAAUACUACAUGGUUGUUGUUUAUGUUAUGUAUUAUCUUAUCUGCUCUGGUCAUGUCUUCAAUUAAUCAGUUAUUAAACAUUAACAUUCUGCAUGUAUUCCUCAAUGACGAUUUAUUUGUUAAAUUAUUGUAUAUUAUACUAUUAUUUACUUAUUAGCUGGGAUAUAUGCUGUCAUGUUGAACAAAACUUCAUUAAUGACUGAGGCAAUAGAAUAAUGAUUUCCCCGGCAAUAAUUAUGAAGUGCAUAUUUUACAGCUUAUAAGUUAAUAACUGUUUUAUUACAUGAUACGGCAUGAUAUAUUAUGAUAUCAUGUGAUAAACUGUUUCCAGUCUAUAAAUAGACAUUUCAUUAUGGCAUUUUUUUAAAUGAUUUUUCCAGUUUAAUUAUGCCAUCAAAUGAUGAACUGUUUUCGGCCUAUAAAUAGACAGGUCAACGUGCCUGUUUUCCAUAAUUGCUCUUAUUCCAAUCAUUGAUGGUUUAUUUUAAUAUCAUGUAAUAACUGUCCUUAGUGUUUGCUGCAGCUAAUAUUUCUAUUGGAAUCUGACUCCAGUUUGGUCUAUUGGUGGAAUCUGGCUUACCAAACCUUGAUAUUUCUUAUACCACUAAAAAUGGCCUGGACUUCGGUACACCAAAAGCUGGGAGUGACUCCCUCAUUAUAACCUCACUGCCAAGUUGUUAAAAAUGUUUGCUCAGGAAUAAAC